CAGCCAUCUUCUCACUUGCACCAUCGAUGUUCCGCCUCUAGGCUGCGAUCAAACAAUGGCAGUUCGUGUAGCUGUACAUACAAGUUAUUACUUUUUUAUCCUUCUCCUCUUACUUAUCUGAAUAUAUACAUUUUUACGCAUUGCUUUUUCUCAUGGUAAUUCAAUACCAUCAAGAUGUCCGUAUACUUACUAGUAUACGGACAUGGAAUCGCGUCAUUGUCACACGAAAAGACGAAUGAGGGAGAGAGUAAAACGUGCAUUCGUUGUGGUCACUACUUGCAGUAAAGGCUGUGGUAAUAUUGUUCCAAAUUCAACCGCUAAUGGAAAGCACAUGCAGCUGCUGAGUGUCGCCACGUUCUCAUGAAGCAGCAUUUAUAAUCAUUUCGCCCUGAGUAACACUUCGCUAAUACCUUGAGGAUGUGAGAAGGAAUUGGCAACCAUGCGGUGGCGUGGUGCUGCUGACAGGCUGGCGGAGGCAGCAGUAGGCAGGCGAGGCAUCACAAUCGACUCACGCUGAUGAACACACUCUGCCUCCGACUUAAGGUGAAAACGGCUGGUGUCCUGAUUCGAUCCUCGGCGUCACGGCCAUCCCUACAAGUGUGUGUAGCGGCGGCCCAAGAAUUCAACGAGCAAGACAGAAAACAGUUCCCUCCUAUCAGGAUGAACUGUCAGUCGAUAGGAAGGUUCCGCCAUCCAUACGACUGCGGGAAAUUCGUGGACUGUCUGCCUGAUCCUGAGACGGGCAAAUUGUACUCCCGCGAGGGCUCCUGCAACGGCCAGGCCUUCCACCCCACCUUCAAGAAGUGUGGCAGCAUAGACAAGGUCAAAGGAUGCAAGCCGCGGUCCGGUCGAGCCAUUGCAGCCAAUCACAAGCUGGACUACGUCUGUGAAGGCGCCAGUAGCGAGUUCGUUUGUGCUGACUGCAAGACCCUUGUCAACUGCAUCAACGGUACGGCCUACCCUGAGCCCUGUGCCUCCGGUGACUUGUGUGCUGUGAAGGACGCACAGUUCGGCGGUGGUGUCUGCUACCCAAGCGAACCUAUUGAGUGCAUGUGUGAGCACCCCAAUGAGUUCAAGGUGGACUACUACGACGAGACCCGUUUCUUCUUUUGUGAGAACCAAGGCUCCGAUCCCGUGAUCUACCAGUGUCCGGAUGACCACCUGUUUGUGCCCAGCUUGAGCCAGUGCCGAAGCUACGCUGGUCUGCCAGAGUGCACUAGCAUUGGUGUCUUUGCCAACGAACUUAAUUGUUCCCAGUACUACACUUGCAUCUUCACCACCAACGGUUGGGUACAAAAGCCGUCUUCUUGUGACAACGAAACCCAUUCAGGCCUCAUGUACAACGAACAGACAGGAAAAUGCGAGGAUCCUUGCACAUGGGAUACGGGUAAGUUCUCUUGCUCUGUAGAGGGGCGCUUCCCCGAUCCCGUCAACUGCAAUGCUUAUUACGAAUGUGUAGAAGAUGAUUCCUACGAGUCAGGCCUCCGACAAACCCAUCACUCGUGCCCUGAUGGCUAUGAGUGGGACCCAACGGCCAGAGAGGCGUUCGGUCAUUGCGUAGUGCAGGGCACCAGGAAGGCGAAAUGCUCCCCCGUCAAGGAGAACAAGUGCUUCAUCCCUCAAGAUCAAUGCAAUGCCACUGGCGAUCAGUGAUCGAUGCCCCAGGCUGAGCCUCACCCAUGAAGUACAGUACCCAGAUAACCGAGCUCCUGUGUUGACCCAGCCAGCUCACCAUGGUGUGGUGGUGCACUCAUGCUAAUUUUUGUUUGUUGUUUUCGUUGUUUUUGCUUUUGUUGCUAAUUCAUUGUUGUUUGUGUCAGUUGAUUGUUUACAUUGGUAAUUUAUUAUUGUUAAUAUAAUUUAUUGGUAAUUUAUUAUUGUUAAUAUAAUUUAUUUGUUCCCAUCGCUAAUUUAUCAAUAUUUAUCUAAUAAAGACUCAAUUAUUA